CCCGACCGCACUCGAUAAUUUCUCAAUAUAGUUCACUCGCUUAGAAAUUUUCCCGAGAAAAUGAGGUGAUAUCAGCAAUGCUUCACUGGGAGCUAUGGCUACGACGAUUUCUUUCUUGCUGAUUAGGAACUCCUCGACAUUGAUAUCACCAAGACUUUUCGUGCCUUUCUUGAAAGCAGCAAACCACAAUUUCUCCAAGUUCGUUCUUCCUAUCCAAUCUCGCAGUUUGCCUUUCAGUACUGGUGCCGCAAAUAAUGAAGAGGCUGCAGCCAAAGCAGCUGCGGUCAACGCUGAUAGUGGAGCCCCAACAAUAUUUGACAAGAUCAUAAAUAAGGAAAUCCCUUCAAGCAUUGUGUAUGAAGAUGAAAAGGUCCUAGCAUUUCGGGAUAUUAAUCCCCAGGCACCGGUUCAUGUUCUAGUCAUUCCAAAAUUUAGAGAUGGACUUUCGCAGCUUGGGAAGGCUGAUCCUAGACAUGAGGAGAUACUAGGUCAGCUUCUUUAUGCUGCCAAAAUAGUGGCUGAGAAAGAAGGUAUUCUUGAUGGAUUUCGUGUGGUCAUCAAUAACGGUCCCGGUGCCUGUCAAUCUGUGUAUCAUCUGCACUUGCAUGUAUUAGGUGGGAGACAGAUGAAAUGGCCACCAGGCUGAAGAUUGAAAAGCAAUGGCUGUUGACUUUGAAACUUAAUCUCCUUUCCUAUUAGUGUUAAUAUUUUCCCAUUUAAUGAUAACAACGCGGCUCGAAGGCUCCUCCUCUGAUUACCUCAUAGGGAUGAAGCUUGUCUUUAUUGCAGACAUGACGUAGCUACUUGAGGUUACUGACCUUUGUUCUAUGGUUAAUUCAACUAGAGCUUGUUUAUGCAGGAUGAUGAAUUUCUUUUGCAAACGAUAACGUACACUUCUUAGAUCGCAGAUAUUGUGAAGAUGUUAGAUUACAAAGCACCCACCCAUUAAAGGAAAGAAUUAUCAGAUGUUCUUAUCAUGCG